CCAUGGAUGGGAAACUUAAUUUCUAUCAGCGGAACCGAUCGGGGAAUAGCCGUCGCAUCAAAUAACUACUGCUGACAGCGAUCAGGACGAAUGUCAUAGGAUGAACACUGCUGGUGGGGUGUGUCUGUCUGUGCUGUCCUCUCUCCUGGCUGUGGCUGGGGCCCUGGCUGCCGUGUCUGCCCUCGCUCUAGCUCCUCUCUCUGCCCUGGCUGAGGCUGCCUAUGGGGUUGCCGAUAGCGUCCCCAGCACCGGGGCAGAGGGGGCCCCCUCGCCUUUGUCCUCACCAUGCUCCAGCCUUGUAGCUGGGGUGCUCUAUGGCUCUUUCUCCCUAAGGGAGCUUUUUCCCUCCAGGUCUCCGGGUUGUUCCUGGUCUCUGGAAAACCCAGAUCCCACCAAGUACUCCCUCUAUCUCCGCUUCACCCGCCACCCUGUCAUUUGCCGGACACACUCCCCCAUGCUUCUUUCCCUUGACCACCACCUAGCCAAUCAAAGCUGUCCCCUGCAAUUACAGGCAGCCACCGCCAGAGAUCAAGAAGUCAUUGAUCUUUGUGGCAGCCACACCAAUUCAGACGGACCUUACUCCUUCCUACAGUUUGAUAAGAACUUUGUCCAACUGUGUCUAACGAGACAUCCAGCUGCAGAUGAGCCUCAGGUAUCUAAGGAAUUGCUGGAGCUGAGACUGGUAGAGGUGUUACUCAUUAACAACGAGAACUCCAGUCAGUUUACCUGUGGUGUACUUUGCCGAUGGUUCGAGGAGUGUUUGCGCACAGAUCACAAUGGAGACCAGGAGGUUUCUGAUGGGGAUGGUUGUGGGAUGACCCAGACAGGCUGUAUUUGUCCAAAUCACAACAUUAUGGCACCACCUGUUCCUCUGCUGCCAGAGACGCCACACAGUUUCAGUAAUGGGUCACUGGCACCUGAUGACUGUUGCGUCACCGAACUGCAUUCCAAUGAUGCGAUCGCCAUAGCACCCCGAGAUGUCCGACAAGACCCAUAUGAUGACGACCUGAAGGUGAAGACCCAAAGACCACGAUCAGCUGACCAGCCAGGUGUGUUUCAGGCACAAACAGGUGACCCUGCAGCAGAGGAGUGGUCACAGUGGAGUGUUUGUUCUCUGACAUGUGGCCAGGGCUGGCAAGUGAGGACACGAUCAUGUGUUUCUUCUCCCUAUGGGACACUGUGCAGCGGUGCCCUGCGGGAAACACGCAUGUGUAACAACACCGCUUCCUGCCCAGGUGAACCUGGAAUCACAGGCUCAGUGGAGGGCCAGUGGUCAGAGUGGGGGCCCUGGUCGAGAUGCAGCGUGACUUGUAACACAGGAACCGAACAAAGGCAGAGACGCUGCAGCCCAUCAGUGCACGGCUGGGCUGAAUGCAAAGGCCCCCAUCAGGAGAGCAGAGAAUGCACCAACCCUUCGUGCUCCGGUGGAGGUAAUUGGGGCAGCUGGAACCACUGGAGUCUUUGUAGCAAGACGUGCGACUCUGGAUGGCCGCGACGCUUCAGGAUGUGUGAGGGCACUGGAUUACAAGGCUACCCAUGUGAUGGCUUGGGAGAGGAGGUCCGGUCCUGUAAUGAGAAAAAGUGCCCUGCUCCUCAUGAGAUAUGCAAAGACGAGCACCUCCUCUCUAUGUCGUGGAAGAGAGCCUCAGCUGGAGAAACUGUCUACAACAAAUGUCCAACAAACGCUACUGGAUCUGCUAGUCGUCGUUGUAUGCUGGACAAUAAUGGAGUUGCUUUCUGGGGUCCUCCGAGCUUCGCCAGAUGCGUCUCACUUGAAUAUAGAUAUUUACAUUUAUCUUUACGAGAGCAUCUCGCGAAGGGUCAGAGGAUCGCGGCUAUGAAGGGCAUGUCUCAGAUCGUACGGAGUCUCCUGGAGCUUUUGCAGAGAAGGAGCUACUACAGUGGCGACCUUCUCUUUUCCACGGAGAUCCUGCGAAAUGUGACGGACACCUUCAAAAGAGCAACCUUCACCCCAGAUCCCGACGACGUGCAGAAAUUCUUCCAGAUUGUCAGCCACAUGUUGGACAUUGAAAAUCUAGAAAAAUGGGAGGACGCCCACCAGAUCGCUCCCGGUGCUGCUUUGCUGAUGAGGAUAUUGGAAGAUUUCAUCCACUUCAUUGGAGAGAACCAGAAGCCUUUUCAGAGUUUUCUAGUGGUUACCAACAACCUCAUGGUAACCAUUCAGAGAGAGCCAGUGUCAGCGGUUUCCAGUGAUAUUAACUUCCCAAUGAAGGGCCGGAGGGGGAUGAAGGACUGGGCCAGGACAGCAGAGGAUAAGCUCUACAUCCCUAAAGAGGUUUUCAACAUAACAGCUGAGGAGCAAGAAGCUGAGACAGAAUCUACAAUGUACUAUGUCAUUGGAGCCAUUUUGUAUAGGACACUGGGCAUCAUUUUGCCUCCAGCAACUCCCCCUGCGGUGAUUAAUUCCAAAAUCCUGACUGUGACAAUACGACCGGAACUACGACCCAGUGAGCCCGUGGUGGUAGUGGAGCUCUCACCGCUAUUAAAUGGUACAUCAGAUCCUCAGUGCGUUGUCUGGGACUAUGGAAACCCGGAAGCUGGCGCAGAAAACUGGGGCACAGAAGGCUGCCAAACACUCGCGUCAACCACUGUCCAUACCAAAUGCCUGUGCAGCAGAAUAUCCACCUACGCCGUGUUAGCGCAGCAACCUAAAGACCCGGACAUGGGUCCUACCAGCAUGCCCUCUGUGCCCCUUAUGGUGGGGUGUGGGAUCUCCUGCACUGCUCUGCUCAUCCUGCUGCUAAUAUAUGCUGCCUUCUGGAGGUAUAUCCGGUCGGAGAGAUCGAUCAUCUUGGUGAAUUUUUGCCUCUCCAUCCUGGCCUCCAAUUUAUUGAUUCUGGUUGGACAAUCACAAACGCUUAGCAAGGGCCUCUGCACUGUGACUGCUGCCUUCCUGCAUUUCUUCUUCUUGGCGUCCUUCUGCUGGGUGCUGACUGAGGCGUGGCAGUCCUACCUGGCUGUCAUUGGCAAAAUGAGGCCACGACUCAUUCGCAAGCGGUUUCUGUGCCUCGGCUGGGGUCUUCCAGCCCUCGUUGUAGCAGUGUCAGUGGGUUUCACCAGAGCGAGAGGUUAUGGCACAGCCAGCUAUUGCUGGUUAUCACUGGAAGGCGGUCUGCUUUAUGCCUUUGUUGGUCCAGCUGCUGUCAUUGUAUUGGUGAAUAUGCUCAUUGGAAUCGUGGUGUUUAACAAGCUCAUGUCUCGAGACGGCAUCUCAGACAAGUCUAAAAAGCAGCGUGCAGGUGUCCCAGCGGAGGCGCGUAGCCGACUGCUCCUGAAAUGCUCCAAGUGUGGCGUGAUCUCAAGCACCGCUAUGUCCAACUCGACUGCCAGCAGCGCCAUGGCAUCUCUGUGGAGCUCCUGUGUGGUUCUUCCACUGUUGGCGUUAACCUGGAUGUCAGCAGUGCUGGCUAUAACUGACCGGCGCUCCACACUUUUCCAGGUCCUCUUCGCCGUCUUUGACUCCGUUCAAGGCUUUGUCAUCAUUACCGUCCACUGCGCCAUGCGCCGCGAGGUGCAGGAUGCGGUGCGCUGUCGAAUGGGUGGAUGUAAAGAUGACAGCGAAAACUCACCAGACUCCUGCAAGAAUGGACAGGUGCAGAUCAUGAAGUGUGCAAAUGUGAGCGUCUGUGGAAAGCAGAGCGGGUCUUUGCAUUACGGCACAUCCCUGUGCCUGACAGGUUGCCACCCACAGCCGCUUCCACCAACGUGCCACCAGACAUCCCAGCAAGGCUGUUACCACAGUCUGACCCACAGCAACCAAAGCCAAGCAAUGAGCCAUGCUAAUGAGCACACGCCCAUCCUCAACAACAUCCACAACCAUAACCAUGCCCAUAAUCACAUCAGCAGCCAACCAACGGAUUUUGAGAAGGAUGUGGACUUGGCUUGUCAAACAGAGAGAGGACACCCAUUCAUUUUCAAAGAGGUGAACACCUGUAACCCAGCCACUAUCACCGGGACCCUUUCCCGCAUCUCCCUGGAUGAUGAGGAUGAUCCUAAGCUGGCAGCCCAUCAAGAGGGCGGAGUAGGGGUCAACUUCAGCUCUCUCCCAGGGAAUAUCCCCCCUCCCAACCUUAUUGUACAGGUUCCACCUCUAGGAGGCCUCAAUGAGCUGAGUGAGACACCCCUAAAGAAGGAAGUGAAUGUGGACCAACAGAGACAACAGGGGCAGCAACGCAGCGGAGCGCCCAUCUACCUGUGCACCGAGAGUGGCCUGGGGUGGGCUCGACCUCCUGCUUCAUCCAACACCUCCCAGGACGGAAGUGCUGGAAGUGGAGGAAAUGGAGGAGGGGGAGGCGGGGGAGGAGAAGGUGGUGGUGGAGGAGAGGGGGACUAUAUGGUCUUACCUCGUAGGACGGUCACUUUCAAACCUGCAACGCCCUCCUCCCAAGGAGGAGGCCUGGGACUGGGGGGUGAGGACAAGCCUCUGAACAUCGCAGUGGAGGAUCCUCCCUUCCCACCGCCUCCCUCUCCUCUGACCCUCCACCCGGCAGAGAGCGAGGCCUACCCGGCAGAUUUUGUGCCAUCCAGUGUGGGUGACAUGAACAUCACCAUGAACCUCAACCGCUCCUUUGGGACGAUCAAAACAUUGCCCCAUGGGCAGGGCCACUUGAUGCCUCAGGGCGGCCUUGUGCACUCCCACGGAGGACACAUGCAUUCCCAUGGGCAUUCUCUUCAAUUGAAGCCAGGCCAGAGACCCUCAGUCAGACAGAUUCUGACAGGGGGAACAACAGUGGAGAGAACCAGGACCCUGCCACGCAACCUGGGCAGCACCAAUGCCAACACCAGCCUCUCAGCAGGAUCCCUGGAGAGGAAAAGAGUACGGUACUCUGAACUGGACUUCGAGAAAGUGAUGCACACUCGCAAAAGACAUUCUGAGCUGUACCAUGAGCUCAACCACUCGUCCAAGUUCCACACCAUAGACAGGUAUAGCAGGGACCCAGCCAUGUCCACAUUCAAGAGGGAAAAGCGAUGGAGCAUUUCGUCUGCCGGCGGUGAAAAGAACUCAUCUAGUGACAAGUCAACCCCAGAGGACCAAAGCUCCUGGGACAGCUUCAAGACUAUGACCCCCGAGCUGUCCAUUGUGCCUGGGGAGCAGAAGGACCGGAUGGAACUGCACAAUAAGAACUGGGACUCCUCCUCAGCUAACACCCCCGACUCGUCCGAGGGAGACUUCCAGACUGAAGUGUGAAGACACGCAGACGUACACACCCACCCAGACACACUCUCAUGCCGAGAUGCAGAUGCACACAGAUACACCGGACUGCUGAAACCCUAUACAUAGGUUCAUGAGUUUUCUGCAAGGAUCACACACACAUACACACACACACACACACACACCCUACUACCCCCCGUCCCCUCUCCUGCAAUGUGCUCUGUCGGAUCCCAUAGUGUAUGUUUACUGCUGCAGCGGACAGACAUGGAAAGAAGACUGUUCUACUCUAUAUUUUCGCAAAGACUAUUGAAAAGAAAGAACAGGGGCUUGACAUGUCUGUGACUGAAAAAGAUUUUUAAAUGAACUUUAAAAAGGAAAAAAAAAACUAUGAGAAACUUAUUUCAGAGAAAUUGUCUUGAUUUUAUUCUGGAGAAGAAAAGAU